ACACACACACACACACACACACACACACACACACACACACUCACACACACAGACAGACAGACAGACAGACAGACACACACACACACACACACACACACACACACCUUGUCCCAGGAAGCAACGAGAAGCAAGUUGCUGGUCGGAGAAAACACAACAGAGGAGAUGCCAUCCUGGGGUGGCGACACAAGCUCAGUGUCCGUCAUGUUGGCGAGUGGUGUGGUGUGUCGGUGUGCGUGCGGUGGUGUGGUGUGGUGUGGUGUCGUGUGCUUGUGCUUCCUCACGGUCUUCUGUGCUUCCUUUCCUUUUUGGCACUGGCGGUUAUUAACGAGACUGACAUAAGUCGAUUCGACUGAUUUCAGUUGCCUUCCGCCAAAUUUGAAACGCCGCAGGAGGCAAACGACGAUGAUGAGCAGCGACUUUGGUGGCGGUGGUGGCAAUCGAAACAAGCUCUCGGCCUCACAGCGUCUCCGACAGAUCCUUCACCAGCACGAAGAACAGCAACAACAACAGCAGCAGCAACAACAGCAGCAGCAGCGACACAGCCAUUCUUACCUUUCACAACCCUCGCAACCGUCACAGCUUCAAUCAUUUCCACACCAACACCCACCACAAUCAAUACCACAAGCAACACCACAAACAGUACCACAAACAGUGUCAUCACAAAUAUCAAAUGUACCCGCACUUGCAGUGCAGGACAAUGACGACACCUUGUCUGUGUGCUCCAAGACCACGGACGCGCUGCUCAGCGUGAGCUUCGCAGAAGCCACCGCCCAGCCCGUGACCCUACCUUCCAUUGAUCCGUCGCUUUUUCUUGCACCACUGCCACUCUCUCGUAUCGUCGGCACAGCGCAAGGCACCACCGUCCCGCAGCAAUCCUUGGCAUCGCAUCAACACACAACUGCCACAAACUCAGAUGCCGCCGUCACCAGCGUUCCCCAAGAGCACCAUCGCCAACAACAGCAGCUGCUACAGCAACAGGAACAAUCCCUGGAGCAGUCCUUGCAGCUUGCGCGUCUCGAUUUUGAAUCGCAGCCGAGACCAUGGGAGGUGAACAUGCGCGCAUACUUGGAUGAAAUGCGCCCCUUCCAGGGCGACUGGCCACCGCUGCCGGCGCACACAUACCGGCGACAGCCACGCCAACGUCGGCGGCCACGAUAUCAACACCACGUACCGCAAACACGGAAGCAACGCGUCCACCACCACCAACAACAACACCACCACCACCACCAACAACAACAACACCGACACCAACAAGACCAACAAGACCAACAACACCAACAACACCAACAGCAGCAACGACAGCGCCAAUACGCACGACACCACCACAGCAAAAGCAGCAGCCUGCAUACAUCAACCCCACACCCAAACACACCACCGCAGCCCCCGCAGUAUGACAGCAUUGCACAAUGGGCAGCGCACGUCUCUCCACCACCUUCACCUCCUGCUCUCGAUGAAGAUGCACACACGGCGACUGGCCCAGCCUCAACACGCCAGCAGCGCCCACCGCAGAGAAGCAGACAAGCAAAACAGCAGCAAACACAACCAACUCGGCAGCAGCAGCGACAUGAGCAACCAAAUGCUGCACACGAGACAUCACCCAGUGCAGACGCAAGCCCUCGCCACCAGACACACCCCCAUCGUCCUCACACCCAUCCCCGCCGCCACCCUUAUCAUCAUCAGGCUCAAGCUCACGCUCAAGCUCAAGAUCAUCCUCGUCGAGCACAACGUGCGAGGAGAAGCACAAGCAGAGUACGGAGCAGCAACUCCAUCUCACCCUCCACCACGCAGUGGUCGCACAUCGCAGCGCCAGCGGCAGCACAGCAGCUGUCGCAACUCCUGGGUGGCAUAAGCAGUGGUACCAGUAGCAGCGGAGGGAAACAGCCACCGUCACCAGCAUCAAAGGCACGUGCACUCGUUCAAUUCCUGGAAGGAGGCGGCUUCACAGCACGACAGCGGGCGCUGCAAUUGCACACGACCAGAUAUGACGCUGACACCGAUGUACAGGGGCUGCCGUUGUGGGAGGAGGAAGAGCUUGUACACAAUGGCGAUGGUGGCGGUGACGAGAAUAGCAGUGACGAUGAACGUGGUGGCACAGGUGAUGGUGUGGACGACGUUAAUAGUGAUGGCCGUGCACGUAGACGAGAUAACCACGUCUUACACGGCCAGCAGGUACCCUCCAGUGCUCACAGCAGCUUACACGCUGCCCUAUUUGCACCUCAGAGUCAACAUCAGCCUCGCGAUCCUCAUCGGCCUACAGGAACCAGAAGAACCCGCCAACACCCUCACGACGACAGCGAUGUGAGUGGCGUGGAUGUGUAUGAUGAUGAUGAUGAUGAUGAUGAUGACGAAGCUUCAUUCACUGGUGGCAGUUGGUACCAUGGUGUGAGGCAGGCACACCACCACCACCGUCGCCACAAUGAAAAUGGUGACGACGACGGCGAUGAGUAUGAUGGCGACGAUUAUGAUGGCGAGUACGGUGAACACGAUGGUGAUGAGUACACAGGAGCUGAUGUGUAUGGAGAUGAUCAAGAUCUACACGCCGAUGACGACAAUUACAAUGAGGAUGAUGACACCCGAGCUAUGGUGCGCAUUCGUUCGUUAGUGCAGCGCUUGCGGCAAACCUAGCUAGCUAGCGAUUGUUUUUCAACAUGUUGUGGCCGUUGAAAAGGGGUUGCGUUCACAUUGGCGCUGCCGUUGCUGCAGCAGUUACAGCAAUGAUGCCACAUCACAUGGUAUCACACCACUUGUCGCGCCCUUGCUUGCCCUUCGAACCAUCGCGUGUCACUUUGACCUUCACCCAUGACUGUUUUGUACUUCAACGCACAUGAAACGCACAUGAAACCAACUGUAACCCAUCCACAUGCCCACACCAAAACGCCAAAC